AUGACGAUCAGAGCACUACGGCAAGUAGCAAAAGGCCAGAAUGGCCUCGGCGCAUUCGUUCUGCAGUGCAAGAGGUUGGACUUCUUCUACUGCGACUGGGCCGGCAGCUCCAAGGGAAUGAACGGCUUCAUCAAGUCUCUCCUCCCCAAGUUCGCCGCCGCCAACCCCCAAGUCGAAUUCUCCAUCUCCCCCCGACCCGGCAAGCACCCCGUGGUCAUUGGUCACUACAUAAACGGCCGUACCAAGCCCAUCUGCGUGCGAAACAUGUCGCCCUACGAGAUUCUGCAAAAGGCCGAGCUCCUCCGUGACGCCAGCGGAGAGAAGCUGAAGAAGACCAACAAGGCUGUCACCAGCACCAAGCCCAGUGUGCGUGGUAUCUGGUCCCCGUACCACGGAAAGGGAAUGGUGGUCUGA